CCGAGACCGCAGCCGGGGGGAGCGGAGCCGCCCUCCCUCCCUCCGCCGGUAGCGGCUGCCCCGGCUCCGCUCAGCGUCGGGCACCGGGAGAGCGGCGCUGCCCCGGGGCGGCCCCGCGGCGUUGGGGUGCCCCGAUGAGGGGAUCCGGCAGCCGCAGGGAAAGGGUGUUUUGGGGAGGGUGUUUUGAGACGGGCCGGGAAACGUGAGUGAGCGCCGGGCGGACGGCUGGGCGCUGCGGUAACAGCGGGGCGGAUAACGGGAUGCGAGCGGGGCCGGUGAGCGAGGUGCUGAGCCGGGCGGAGAUCCACGCGUGGCGAUGGCAUCGGGGUGCUCGCAGCUCCCCCUCCCUUCGUCGCCGCACUGUUUGCCUUGGCUCCGCACUGCGAGUUAUAAAUAAAAACUGCUCACCCAGGGCGCGUGAGUCACCGUCCUCCCUGCAGGGAUAACUGCGUGGAAACACGAGCCGGGCGUGUGAGAAGCGAGCGCAUGGCUUGGUUAACCUCAUCCAAUUGGCUCUGGGAUGAGCGCUGGCCCCGUGUGCGGCAGGGUGGGCUGCAGGGUGCCCCGUCCCUGGAGGUACCCGGUGCCAUGGAUGGGCCCCGUGCGGCCUGAUCCGGUUUGGGGCAGCCAACCCGAGGCAGGGGUUGGGGCUGGGGUCUUUAAGGUUCCUUCCAACACAGGCCAUUCUAUGACUCCAUGAUUCUAUGAACAUCCCUGUCCUGCUCCACAGCCCGUGUCUCCCUCAGGCUGAUGUGGCUCCAAGCAGCCAUGCCCCAGUGUCACCUCCUGUCAUGCUUUAGGUUGAAGGGAGAGGAAUCCUGGCCACACUUUGCUCCCUCCACAGCCCUCAGCUGCCCUCUUUUGUGUGCCUGACCCUGUCCACAGUAUCCCUUGCUGGCGAUUCCAACACAGUGCUUGUGGUGCCUAGGUACCUAGGUACUGCGUCCUCCUGCUGUGCUAGCAUCCCCAUGAGUUGGGGAGAGGGAUGCUCUGUGCCCCCCAUUUUACCCUGGGGGUCGGGAGCAGGAAGAGGUAGUGGAUGGUGACAGCUGGCUGGGGGAUUUACUGAGGGCAUUACUUAAUGCUGUGAGUAAAUGGAGAAACAGUAGCUAAUUCAGGAGCCCAUAAUCCUCUUCCUCCCCCAGGGAUGGAGAGUGUGCCAGUCACGCAGAUGCCAGUGCCCCAGGGAUGAGCCCCCAGCCUCUCCCUGGGUGUGCUGUGAGCUGCAGCCAUUCCCAAACCGUGGGUGAUGUGCAAGAGGUGGGGGGGGAGGGUCUGGCUACAUCCCUCCUGCCCUGAGCAGCUGCACUGGCAUCAGUGCUUGGCUGGCAGAGCAGCACCAGAGCUUGUCCCCUAGCCUGCCAGGAGCUGCCUGGGCUUCCAGGGAGAAGGACAGACUGGGCGGAUCUUCCGUGGGGUCACCCUGAACCUGUGCACCUUGGGACAAAGUCCCAGACUUUGCUCAGGCCACAGACACAGGGCACCCAUGGACAGCAGGGCACCCAGCUCCCCACUGCAAAACGAGGGUGCUCUGCAGCAACCCAGCACACCACAGGACUCUCCCAGCUCUCCGCAUCCUCGGGGGCUGCUUUCUGUCAUCCAGAGAUUGAGGGGCUCCCCAGGACAGGAGCUCCGCAUCGUGCUGCUGGGGCUGGACAAUGCAGGCAAGACCACGCUGCUGAAGUGCCUGGCAUCUGAGGAGGUCAGCACCAUCACUCCCACCCAGGGGUUCAACAUCAAGAGCGUCCACUCGCAUGGUUUCAAGCUGAACAUCUGGGACAUCGGUGGGCAGCGCGCCGUCCGACCUUACUGGAGGAAGUACCUGGGCAGCACUGAUCUGCUGGUGAGCCAGGGGCCAUGCCCUAGCAGAGCCCUGCAGCAAGCAGAGGGCUGUGUGAUGCGUGAGGAGGGACUGCCUGCUGUUCCUUUUGUCCCCCCUGGCAGAUUUAUGUCAUCGACAGUGCAGACCAGAAGCGCUUUGAGGAGACAGGGCAGGUAUGAACGGUCUGGGCAAGGGGCGGUGGUGAGGUUCUGGGGACAAAAGUGGGGAACAAAGCUGUUUUCUGUGGGCUAUUCCCCGUGGUGGUUGAGUUGUUCCCCAAGCUGUGUGGGAAGGGCUCAUGACCAGGGCCUCAGCAUGCAGAUCUGUCCCACCCCACAGCAGACCUGCCCCAAGCAGCUCUGCCCAUCCUACCUAGCUGGGGAUGAUGCCCCAGGGACAUCUGACACAGGGUGCCUAUCUCUAAUACGACCAUGUAAGAAAGCCAUUUACUCAGGUAGUGAACUGGGAGAUGUAAAGCUGGAAAGCAAAGCAAAGAAUGGAAGGUGAGACAGUGU